UUUAAUGACUCGUCAUUUCUCCCUUGACAAGUGAUUCUCUCGCAUGAUCAAUUCCUCGAAGCUCAGGAUGGUCGACAUUGUUGGGAAUUUAAACCUAAUUAAGGACAAGAUUUCGGUCGCCUGUUCCAGAAGACCACCAGAAUUUUCCAAUGUCACCCCUCGUCUUGUUGCUGUCAGCAAGACAAAGCCCCCUAACCUAGUAAUAUCGGCCCUGGAUGCUGGACAGCAUCACUUUGGCGAGAACUACGUCAACGAGCUCGUCGACAAAGGCAAUCACCCGGACAUUAAGACGAGGGACAUUCGGUGGCAUUUCAUCGGGCACCUUCAGAGGAAUAAAGUCAACAAGGUCCUGGCUGUGCCCAAUCUGCACGUGAUUGAGACAGUCGACAGCGAAAAAUUGGCAGCUGCCAUUGACAGCAGUUGGCUGAAGUUCAGGAAACUCGAGGAUGAUAAACUGAAUGUUAUGGUACAAGUUAAUACGAGUGGAGAGGAAGAGAAAAGUGGCUGUGAUUUGGGACAGACAUCAGCAUUAGUGAAAUACGUCAUCGAGAGCUGUAAAAAUCUCAAUUUCAUGGGUCUUAUGACCAUCGGAGCGUACGGAUAUAAUCCGGCGAACGGUCCAAACCCAGAUUUCCUGUCCUUGGUAAAAUGCAGAGAGGAUGUAUGCAGAGAACUGGGAUUGGAUAUAAAUAAUGUGGAGUUGUCAAUGGGAAUGUCAACAGAUUACGAACACGCAAUUGAACUGGGGAGCUCGAACGUUCGAGUGGGCAGUGCAAUAUUUGGAGAGAGGCCUUCGAAGGCAUAAACAAUGAAUCUAAAUUAGGUGACGAUUGUAAUUAAUUAACUUAUCUAACAAUUCAGCUGGAAAAAAUUGUAUAGUGCGUUGCCUGGGUUUAAAUACCUGGGCGUGGACUCCUGGCGAUGAGCCAAAUCACUGCACCCCUCCCCCAAUCAAAUAAAGACAUCCAAGAACUUUUAAAUAAUUUUAUUUAUAUGAAUAAAAUGGAGAAUGGAUGAAGGAAGCCGCGAAGCCCCGACGUAGGCCCGCGAUGAUAUUUCAUUCUUAGAACGAACCAAAGAAACGGAGAAAUAAACAAAAA